CUCGGCGCUUGUCUAGGAGAAGGCGAGGCAAAGGCUGGGGAGUAGAGCGCCGAGAGCAGGGAAGCUGAUGCAACCCAGAGAAGACCGGCUGUUUCUAAGGGCUUGUUGGCGAGUGAGCAGCUGCUGGCACAAUGGGGCACGAACUGACAGCACAGGAGAAGUACAACCUGAUCACCCGGAAUUUGCAGGAAGUUCUCGGAGAGGAUAAGUUGAAAGACAUCUUGAAAGAGCGCGAGUUGAAGAUCUACUGGGGGACGGCCACGACGGGCAAGCCUCACAUAGCCUACUUCGUGCCCAUGUCCAAAAUAGCAGACUUCCUCAAGGCCGGCUGUGAGGUGACAAUCCUGUUCGCUGACCUCCACGCGUACCUGGACAACAUGAAGGCUCCCUGGGAGCUUCUGGAGCUGCGUACCCAGUAUUAUGAGAGUGUGAUCAAGGCGAUGCUGGAGAGCAUUGGGGUGCCGCUGGAGAAGCUCCGCUUCAUCCGGGGGACCGACUAUCAGCUCAGCAAGGAAUACACGCUGGAUGUUUACCGUCUGUCCUCUGUCGUCACUCAGCAUGACGCCAAGAAAGCCGGUGCGGAAGUGGUUAAGCAGGUGGAGCAUCCGUUGCUCAGUGGCCUCCUCUAUCCAGGACUGCAGGCACUGGAUGAGGAGUACCUGAAAGUGGAUGCACAGUUUGGAGGAGUGGACCAGAGAAAGAUUUUCACUUUUGCAGAAAAGUACCUCCCGUCCCUGGGCUACGCAAAGCGCAUCCAUCUGAUGAACCCGAUGGUGCCAGGAUUGACGGGCAGCAAGAUGAGCUCGUCGGAAGAGGAAUCCAAGAUUGAUCUCCUGGAUCGUAAGGAGGACGUGAAGAAGAAGCUCAAGAAGGCUUUUUGUGAGCCAGGGAAUGUGGAGAACAACGGCGUUCUGUCUUUCAUCAAGCACGUGCUCUUCCCACUCAGAUCAGAGUUUGUGAUCCUUAGAGAUGAGAAGUGGGGAGGGAAUAAAACCUAUACAAGCUACGGGGACCUAGAGAAGGACUUUGCUGUGCAGGUUGUCCAUCCUGGGGACUUGAAAAACUCUGUGGAGGUAGCCUUGAACAAGCUCCUGGAUCCCAUCAGGGAGAAAUUCAGCAGCUCGCAAAUGAAGAAACUCGCUAGUAGUGCAUAUCCUGAACCAUCCAAAGCAAAGUCUGCGAUGAAAGGCCCUACAAAGAACUCCGAUUCCGAAGAAGUGGUGCCAUCACGAGUGGACCUCCGCAUUGGCAAAGUGCUCAGUGUGGAGAAGCAUCCUGAUGCCGAUGCCCUGUACGUGGAGAAGAUUGACGUGGGGGAGCUUGAGCCACGGACAGUGGUCAGUGGCCUGGUGGAGUUUGUGCCCAAGGAGCAGCUGCAGGACAGACUGGUGGUGUUGGUGUGCAACCUGAAGCCUCAGAAAAUGAGGGGGGUGGAGUCCCAGGCCAUGCUGCUCUGCGCUUCCAGCACGGGGGAGCCCUGCGAAAUCGAACCUCUGGACCCGCCGGCAGGCUCCUGCCCUGGGGAGCGCGUGUUUGUGGAAGGCUACGAGAGCGGCCAGCCUGAUGAGGAGCUGAAACCCAAGAAGAAGGUCUUUGAGAAGCUGCAGGUGGAAUUCAGGAUUUCUGAGGAAGGUGUAGCCCAGUGGAAGGGGAAGAGCUUCAUGACCAAGCUGGGGGCCGUCACGUGCAGAACUCUGAAAGGCGGCAGCAUCCGCUAAGCACCCUUGCCUCCCCCUUUCGCCUUCUCCAUGCCAGCUGCUGCCUGCUGAUCAUCCUCCCCACAUCCGCUGCUCUCCCAGGCUGGAGAUCCCAGACCAGCUGCACCUGCCCCACGAAAGAAAUGAACAGACUUGGCUUUGAUGUGGACAAAAGGAGAAAGGGGCAUCUAGAAGCAUGUGGCUACUGCAUGGAGACCCAUUCCCUCAGGUCAAGUCAUGUGUAUUUAUAUGGGGGAGGAAAGAGCCAGUUGCUUCACCAGACUGACUACUGGAGGUAAUGGGAACCCCGCUCAGAUGUGCCAGGAGCAAGGAAACCCGGCUGAAACAUCUGCCCUCCAGAACAUUGGCGGACUUGCAUUCACCUUACAACCGUUGUGACUUUGGUCACGCUUGGAUCCAGGCUGGCAAACUUUGGCAGGAGAAGCUCUUGGUCAGAUCAGCAAUGGUUAGGUUUGUCUGUCAUGAACACUGAAGUCUAAAUCUGUCAUCCAUCUCCACAUAAAAUGGUCUUACUCUGGCUCUUUUAAGUUAGUGGCAAUAAAGGGGCAGUAAAAGCUCACGGUCUGUUA